AUGCCCGACAUUCGCUUGAAGCAUCAACCUUUUGACAUCACGUUUCAUCCCUCCGAACCUAUCAUCUACGUUGGUCUGCUCACCGGUCAAGUUGACGCGUUUAAGUACUCUGCGGACAAACCAGACACGGAAUUCGAAUACUUACAACUCUUUUCGUUGCGUCCAACCAAACGGUCAUGUCGUGGUCUAGCUACAAAUUUCUCAGGAGAUAAGCUCUAUUCUGUCACAAAGGGGAAGGCUAUCUUCACUAUUGAUACUGCUACGGGACAAAUCCUUGAGACGACGGGAAAUGCACAUGAGUCUCCGAUCAACCGUGUUACACUUACCUUUCCCAACAUACUCGCAACUGGGGAUGACGAAGGGGUUGUAAAGCUCUGGGAUGAAAGGAAGAAGGACGAAAUUCGUGCUUAUACCCAUCAUUUUGACUUUAUUUCUGACUUCCUAUGGCUGGAGGACAAGAGACAGCUGGUGGCUACCAGCGGUGAUGGGACGCUUUCGGUGAUGGACAUACGCUCCAAUAAGGGGGGACCAUUGGUACAGUCAGAGGAUCAGGAUGACGAGUUGCUGUCUAUCGCUGCGAUUAAGAAUAAUAUGAAAGCAGUAGUGGGAACACAACUCGGAAAUAUUUCCAUAUUCAACCGUAACAUUGGUUGGGGUGACUGCGUUGAUCGAAUACCAGGACACCCUCACUCUGUAGAAACAAUCUACACACUCCCUCCGAACUUAUGUCCGGGCACCGACAUCAUCGCAACGGGCUCUUCAGAUGGGAUGGUCCGCCUUGUCCAAAUAUUGCCCACUAAGGUCCUGGGCGUCAUUGCAGAUCAUGAAGAAUUCCCCGUGGAAAGAAUCAAGGGUGACAUGCGAGGUUCGAUGUCAUGGAUAGGUAGCAUCUCGCACGAGAAAGUCUUGAGACUGACCGAUAUCGGAGAUGCACUUGAAGAGAGUGACAAUGAAGAUGGUGGUGGGCAGUCGGAGAAUGAGGAUGGUGAUGCUGUUGGUGGGGGGAAGGAC